AUGACCAGAUCAAACCAAAGACCCCAAGGGAAUCAAUGUGCUGGCAUAGUCAUGUUCCUCGUGUUCGGUACGUUAUGCAACGUUCUUGCUUACCUCGCUAGUGUUUGGUCAGCGCAGCUCAAUGCAGAAGUGGUGAAGACUGCGGUGGAAAACGAACAUACUUUGAGAUUCAAGUUGAAGAAAGCCUUGUCCCAAGCACCUUCAAAGUACCUCAUUGGUUUGCUGAAUUUCGGCGGACGAGUUCUUAGCGCUGUCGGUACGGUUAUGCUUGUUCAGGUUGUGGCAUCAUGGUGUAAAAGACGGCGAUAUAAUGUUGUAAUGCGAAGCGCUGCUGAAGAAGCGGAUACUGUCCUGGGCGACGCACAUAUGGGUGUCACUGAUACUGCCGGUGAAUGUUGUUUGAGUUGUUUUCAGGGUUUCACAUAA